AUGAUUUCUAAGUUCAUUAAUGUUGCUGAAGCAAAAUUCCAAGAACAUGAAAAGAGAUUCUUAAAUCAAGAAGCAUCAAUUAAGAACUUAGAAGUCCAAGUGGGGCAGAUUGUGAAUAUAUUGUCAGAAAAAAGAGAGGGACGAUUGCCUAGCAAUACAGAGAAGAAUCCAAGGGAGCAAGUGAAUGCCAUUGCUUUAAGAAGUGGGAAGAUUAUUGGCAAGACCGAGAAUGAUGAUCAGAAAGCUGAAGUGGCCGAUUCACAAAAGGAGACCGAAGGGAGUACACCUAAACUGAAUUUAGAUGCUAUUAAACUUCUUCUCCCCUACCCUAGAAGAGUUUUGAAGGCUAAUUUGGAUAAACAAUUUGAGAAAUUUUUAGAAGUGUUUAAAAAAAUACAUAUUAACAUCCAUUUUCUUGAUGUAUUGUCACAGAUGCCAAAAUAUGCCAAAUUCUUGAAAGAGGUGAUGUCAAAUAAAAGGAAAUGGGAAGAAUGUGAGAUGGUGAAAUUAAACGAAGAGUGCUCAUCCAUUCUUCAAAAUAAAUUGYCCCCAAAGCUUAAGGAUCCAGGGAGUUUUUCUAUACCUUGCACCAUAGGGAAUAUUGAAUUUGAAAAAGCUUUAUYUGAUMGAAGCAUUAAAUAUCCUAGGGGAAUAGUAGAAGAUGUUUUAGUCAAAGUGGGUAAUUUCAUUAUUCCUGCUGAUUUCAUUGUGUUGGAUAUGGAGGAAAAUAGGACAAUGCCUUUGAUUCUAGGGAGACCCUUUCUUGCUACUGGUAAUGCUUUAAUUGAUGUACAAAAAGGUCUACUUACUCUUAGAAUCAAUGGUGAAGAAGUGGUCUUGGAGGAGGAAGUUAAAGAGGCGUUGAACUAUUUGGAGGCCGGUCAGGAAGAGUGCAAGCCAAGACAAGGUAACAAUAUGAUACCAGACAUUUACAGUAGUUCUAAAUCUGGUGGCUCUGAAAAAUAA